AUGCUCUGUGGCUCCUCAAAGGGUGCAUCUUUCGGUCGGAGAACGCUUCAACGUAAAGUCGUCGUCUGCGGAGAUGGCGCAUGUGGGAAAACAUCUCUGCUGAACGUCUUCACCAGAGGAUUCUUUACACAAGUCUACGAACCUACAGUCUUUGAGAAUUACGUCCAUGAUAUAUAUGUCGAUGACCAACUCGUAGAGCUAAGCUUAUGGGAUACUGCCGGACAGGAGGAAUUUGACCGGUUACGAUCGUUAUCCUAUGCGGAAACACACGUUGUUAUGAUAUGUUUCUCGGUGGACAAUCCAAUAUCGUUAGAAAAUAUUGAAACCAAGUGGUUGGAUGAAAUUCUAGAAUUUUGCCCUGGCGUUAAGGUGACUCUCAAGUGUGAUCUCAGAGACGAUUAUUCGAUCAAAGAACGACUGCAGCGAUACGGAACACAUCCAGUCCAAUAUGAGGAAGGAUUGGCAGUAGCAAGACGAAUACGAGCUUCUCGGUAUCUGGAGUGCAGCUCGAAGCAUAAUCGAGGAGUAACUGAAGUAUUUCACGAAGCUGCCCGUGUUUCACUGAGCUCGAGAAAUAGAGGCUCGGCUGGUUGUGUGAUUAUGUGA